AUAAAAAUCGAUCAUCUAAGAUCACUGCGACAGUUUGGACAGUUGUCUCUUGUCUCUUACACGAGGUGUUACGUCAAACACGAUUCUAACGAUUUCGACAAAAUGAAUUUGAGCAGAGUAGCUAAUAUUACCAUCUUCCGCAAAGUUCGACAAUUGGAGACAUUAGUCAAACCUGGCGGUUUACUUAUGCGGAGUUGUAAUUCAGCACAGUUCCCCAAGUCCACUUCAAGUCUUACAAAUCUAAACCGUUGUGUUCUUCCUAAUACAAACAAUUAUGCAAAAUGCCGUAUUUUAUCUAAGCUACCCGCACAAUCAACAGUUAGCAUGAUUCAGUCACGUGCGGCAAGUGCUCAAGGUGAUCAUGUACGCUUGUGGGUAAUAGAAAGGAUUGUGACUGCAUCUUUCCUGUCGCUAAUACCCGCGGCUUUGCUCUUCGAAAGUAAAUUUGUUGAAAUAGUAUUAGCGGCUGCUGUUGUCAUGCAUACACAUUGGGGACUGGAAGCUAUUAUACUUGAUUAUGCACGGCCCAUUGUGGUGGGCACAUUAGUUCCAAAAGUGGCAUUCUUAUUGCUGAAUCUAGUUUCCGCUGCUACCCUUGCUGGUCUGCUUGUGCUAAUCUACAAUGGCCCAGGACUUGCGAAAACUAUUAAAUAUGGCUGGGAAAUAGGCAAGGACAGACGCAGAACUGAUUAAACGUUAUCACUGCAGUAAAAACGAUUGUUUGUGUGAUAAAGAACUUUAUAUGAUGAUAGCCUAUAAAUUAUUCCAGAAUAAAUUAUUUACUAUUCGACAUUGCUUUUCUUUGCUACUUGUAAUCUUGCAGAUGUAAUUUUAGCCAGUCAAUAGUGUCGUAAAUAUUGUAAAGGAUUGUAAUUUAGAGUAUACACACGUGUAUAAUAUAUUAAAAUAAGAUACAAUUUA